CCGGCUGCUGCCCCGAUGCGCUGUGCCUGGAUCCCGGGCCGAGUCGCCGCUGCAGCUGUUGGGGCGCCCGGCCGGGUGACGCCGCCUCCGCCUGCGCCCCUCCCAGACCCCGCUAGCCGCAUGGAGCCCCCGGAGGGCGCUGGUCCUGGAGAGACCAUUAAGGAGGUAGAGGUGCCACCGGCUGCUCUGGGUGUCCCAGCUCAUGGAACAGAGAGCAGUUGCCAUACUCCUGUGGCUGAGGAGGAGGUGGGCAUCCCGAUACCAGCACCAGGGCUCUUGCAGGUCACAGAGAGGAGGCAGCCCCUGAGCAGCGUCUCCUCUCUGGAGGUCCAUUUUGACCUUCUGGAUCUCACCGAGCUGACAGACAUGUCAGACCAGGAGCUGGCCGAGGUCUUUGCCGACUCUGAUGAGGAGAACCUGACCAGUGAAUCUCCAGCAGGUCUACACCCGCUGCCUAGGGCUGGCUGUCUGCGUUCCCCCUCUUGGACAAAGACAAGGGCUGAGCAGAACCGUGAGAAGCAGCCCCUCAGCGACCCAGAGCGACAGGCUGCCAUUGUGGACACAUUUCUCACCGUGGAAGGACCCAAGGAGGAUUAGGCCAGUUCCAUCUGCCCCAGAGACACCACAGGGCUGAGGCUCGACCACCACCAGGAUGGCAAAGCAAGACACUUCAGACCCAGGACACGCUCCGCCCCUCCACCCUCCCCACAAGGCUCCUGACAGCAGGUCAGGGUAGGGCUGCCAGGGCAGGCCUCAGGUCACCCCAGCACAAGCACAGCCCAGUGGCCUUACAUCCAGCUGGUUUCUGGACCCUGGAAUAGGGACCAUACCACCUGGAGUCACUGCUUGAGGAUGAAGCAAAGAAUGAACAAUGGUGGCCUAAACCUUCUGGAAACUUCUGUCUCUAGGAGCAAUGCUCUGAGUCUGUCAAAAGAUCCCCCAGUAUGCUUGGGUGAGGGGGAUCCAAGCCUGUGAGAGCCACUCCAAAACCACCUGGGGUCUCCAAUCUCAGCAUCGCUUCAUGCCACCAUGCUUGGAAGCCACAGUGGGUUUGGCAGUGGCUCCUGGGUCACUACACCGCCCCCAGCCAAGAAUGGGGGGAGGCUCAGUCCAGAAAACCUCCACCUURAUUUCAACCUUGCCCCUUCCCCUCUGUCCAAGGAAGGCCUGUUGGUACCAGGUCCCCCCGGCCCAGGCACCCCUCUACAACUUGUGCCUGCUUCUCUUGGUCCCCGGGUAUGACAGCCUGGGGCUGAGGGCCUGGCCCACCUCCUCUUUAGCUUAGGACACCAAAUAUCGCCAGACUGCCUCAGAACCUCAGCACCACCUCCCAGACUGCUCGAGGGGGAGCGGCUCGCCCUCUCCCACCCCACAUCUAUUACAAGGGCACCUAGCUUUGUCUGUUUUCCACAUCCCACUGCCCAGCCCCAACACAGCCUAUCAAACACACUCUGUGACCCUGGGACUGACCGGAUCCUGGGAAUAUUCCAAGGAGGGGCAGGGGAAGUAGGGCCAACAGGCCUACUCUCUCUGCUGUGGGGAUGUCCUAGGCACCCAACCCAGCUGCUCCCAAAAUUCCUUUUUAUGUGCAAAGA